UCUCACUCACCCGCACUCAUGCAGCUUCUGCCAGGUUCCAGACUGCUGUGGCUGUGCUACCUGCAGAAUACGCUCUCACACGAACACACUGGGUGAACCAUGGCUUGGGUGCACAUUGUUCUGCUGACCCUGCUGCCCACCAUCCUCAUCCUAACUGUGCUGUCUGAGGUAGAAAGUGCAGCAGUGAAGGAUGGAAAAGACAGUGAACCUAAGGCACCCUCUAAGCGGGUUUUCGUGCCAGCAUCAGACGCCUCCAACUUUUUCAAGCGACGUGGCCGCAGAUCCCCAAAAACAUAUGCUGAGUAUUAUGCUGAGCAGAAAGUGCAGUUGGCAGCUUCGGAGCGCAGGAGGGAGUACUAUGAGGAACAGAGCACAGAGUAUGAGAACCAUGUGGAGGAAUCACGAGACGAGCAGUACGAGAGGAACCGGGAAACGACGGACCAGUGGAGACAGUAUUACUACGACGGGCAAUACCCGCGAUACCCUCACCACCGCCCCUACUACUGAGCAUGCUCAAACAGCCCCACAGCACCACACCUGCCUUAACAAAAGCAUCACUCUGAAAUGUACCAACAUUUUCAUUGGGUCAGAUGUGUUUUUUUCCCUAAAACGUAUUUAAUUUGCAAGUAUAUACAAAUCUUGCAAGUGCAUUAAUGUCACAAAGCAUUGAACUCAUUUAUUCUGCUUAUAUUCUCUUUAAAAAGAUGUACUCUGAAUUUUAUUGUCUUAA